UUGAAGGAAGCAACACGUCAACUCAUGUGGCCGCAUUUAGCACUCAUCUUUUGCCUGGCUGUCGCCAGCAGCAAUGCCUACAACGUACCGAACGCGACUGUAAAGGUGAACACGCCUCGAGGAUUUGAGGUUUCGAUCCCGGAUGAACCAGGCAUCUCUCUGUUCGCUUUUCACGGCAAGCUCAAUGAGGAAAUGGAUGAUCUUAGCGAUCAAACUUGGGCCACAGACAUCGUUAGCUCACGGAACGGACGGUGGACAUAUCGCAAUCGGCUACAGAAGCUGCAGCCAGGUGAUGUACUCUAUUAUUGGAUAACUGUCAGAUACAAUGGUCUAGACUACCACAACUACAAUCUGGAAUACAAAGUGUGUGAAGAAACAAAAGGUCAACGAAGCACAGAAACAAAUGACGGGGGCGUUGCAAAUCAAGAUAAUACACGACGAGCAGAAAGUGGAGUAGGAAAUGUCGCUAAAAAAGAUCAAGCAGCUAGUAAGCGAAUCGAAGUGGGAAAGGCUGAUAAUGACGAUAGCCAACGCAUUAAUGUGGAACACGCUGACCAUGAAAAUAGUCAUCGCAUUAAUCUAUAUAAAUUCAAAUGCACUUUGCCUGAAGUCUGUUAAUAAUAAGUCACGUUAAAGCAAAUCAAAUCUUAUGGAAAUCCAACAUUUCUAAAUCGCUCUCAAUGUAAAUUAUUAUUAAAACGCAAACAAUGAUUACAGAUA